GCACAGUCCAUACAUGCUUGGUGUGACGCACGCUGUCGCGAGAUUACGCCAUGAUUCGGUGCGUGGAAAUCUCGGAUUCUGGCGCGUUACGGUAUAUCCUCGAUAAAGAUAUCCUCGACGCCUCUUCCCUGAUGGGCUCAACCGAUAGUUCCGCGUUGUCAACUCCAUACUCCAUCACGGACGACCGAGUAACUUUCUUCGACCAGAGCAACGUCGAUAACUACUACCAAUGGUCACUCCAAUAUCCACACGGCCAGCCCGUGCUCGCAAGUUCCUUCGUGCCGUCCUACAGCCCAGGAGCAGUGGACCCAGAGUCGUUGUGGCUCGCAGACAAAGCGUCCCGGAUUAUGACGCAGAAUUCUUUCUCCAAGACAGGUAUAGAGACGUCGUGCGAGAGCACUGCUACCGCGAUUGGAAGUAUUCCACGUGCGGAUGUGCCAUUUGAAGCCUAUGGUGGAGAAGUGGCUCGGUAUACGCCGAGACAAAUCGAGAACGAUAGACGAGUUUCGGACGUGAUGUUACCUCGCCUUGAACGGGCAGUUUCCAGCAGUUCUCUCGAAAGGACGCAUGGUGGACAAGAGAGAACGGCAGCAAUGGUCUCGACACAACGAGAACAUAUCCUCGAACAACCUCCCGAGUCGAACGAGUACCACGCAUACUGGCCUCCCGACUCGCCCGUCGAGACCCACGACUCGGUUAGUCGACGCUCUUCUGCUGUGUCGAGCCAAUCUGGGACACCGUUCGAAGACGACAGGUCCGAAAGACCCAUGAGUCUCGAUGGCUCGACGACUUGUACGAAUUGCUUGACACAAACAACGCCGUUAUGGAGACGGGAUAUCGAGGGGGCGCCCCUGUGCAAUGCGUGUGGUCUGUACUGCAGGUUACAUGGGAUGAGGAGACCGUUGUCGUUGAAGACGGAUGUUAUUAAGCGACGGAACAGGAGUUCUGCGUCGAAGACUGCUUCGAGUGGUAGAGAUGUUUCGAGCGGUAGAGUGUUUAGGAGUUCGAAGUAUAAUGAGCAGGAAGGGUGAUGCUUUGCUUGGGCUCGGAUUGGAACUGAACGGGUUGGAUUAGGGGCGAAGGCUAUUGUGUUUUCAGAGAGGAAUGGAGUUUCGGUUCUUGGUACGGGCGAUGCCAUCAGACCUUAUUGUUGUUUUGCAUUUGCUUUUGAGAUGGGUGAUAGGCUAUCGGAGUUUUUGAUGGUUUUGGAUUUCAUAAAUAGGAGCCACAGGAUUUCUUUGAAGGUGGAUUCCUUGAACUGCA